CCGAGAGUUACUAUGGGUAUUGAUUAUUGAUAGAAAUAUGCAGGAAUUUAUAAUGUUCUUUUUGAUUGCAGCAUGUAGACAUUGCCGCAUUGUUGAUAAGGUACAAUACUGAUGUUAACGCUACUGAUCGCUGGUUAUUUACGCCUUUACACGAAGCUGCUCAGAARGGAAGAACACAACUAUGUGCCCUUUUGUUAGCCCAUGGUGCUGAUCCUUCAAUGAARAAUCAAGAAAAUCAAACUCCUCUUGACCUUGCAUCGGCUGAAGAUGUCAAGUGCUUACUGGGCGAUGCACUUCUCACACACAAUUCCACUAGUGCAGCAUCCGCCACUCCAACMAAAACCCCCUCACCUGUCUCUACUGCCGCAACAACAACUGGUGCAUCUCCCUUAUCGACAGCCAACAGUAGUCUGCUGGCCAGUAGUCCUGCAGGSUCAGGUGAUGGUGCUAUCAGCAAUCGAUCUGUUUCAGAGGCCCAGGGACAAGCUGCAGAUAAACAUGGAAUAUCAGGUCACCCAGGCCUUGAUGUCGACGUUGGACAGUUCCUUGACAGCCUACAACUCAACAACUUAAAAGAAAUUUUCGAAAGAGAACAAGUAAGAAGAUUAUGAUUACUUUUAAAAAUAACACAACACUUUUAAAUUUCAAAGACAUGUUUCGACUUU